AUGUUUCUUUCUUCCUUUUAUUCCAUUUCUCUACCUUUCCCCCUAAUUUCUGAAAUAGAAAAUCUUUCUUUUAUCCUUUUACCACUCGCUUUUUCUUUAUUAAUAUUCUUCAUUCAUUUCCACUUUUUAUGCACUUCACAUGAUCUCUUUCUUUUCCUUCUUUCUUUUAUUUCCCUUUUUUCUCUUCUUUUCCUUCUUUCUUUUAUUUCCCUUCAUUCUUUCUUUUCCUUCUUUCUUUUAUUUCCCUUCUUUCGCUUCUUUUCCGUCUUUCUUUUAUUUCCCUUCUUUCUUUUCAUUUCCUUCUUUCUUUUAUUUCCUUCUUUCCCUUCUUUUCCUUCUUUCUUUUAUUUCCCUUCUUUCUCUUCUUUUCCUUCUUUCUUUUAUUUCACUUCUUUCUCUUCUUUUCCUUCUUUCUUUUAUUUCCCUUCUUUCUCUUCUUUUCCUUCUUUCUUUUAUUUUUCUUUUUCCUUCUUUCUUUUAUUUCCUUUCUUUCUCUUCUUUUCCUUCUUUCUUUUAUUUCCCUUCUUUUCCUUCUUUCUUUUAUUUCCAUUCUUUCUCUUCUUUUCCUUCUUUCUUUUAUUUCCAUUCUUUCUCUUCUUUUCCUUCUUUCUUUUAUUUCCAUUCUUUCUCUUAUUUUCCUUCUUUCUUUUAUUUCCCUUCUUUUCCUUCUUUCUUUUAUUUCCCUUCUUUUCCUUCUUUCUUUUAUUUCCAUUCUUUUUCUUCUUUUCCUUCUUUCUUUUAUUUCCCUUCUUUCUUUUCUUUUCCUUCUUUCUUUUAUUUCCCUUCUUUGUCUUCUUUUCCUUCUUUCUUUUAUUUCCAUUGUUUCUCUUCUUUUCCUUCUUUCUUUUAUUUCCUUUCUUUCUCUUCUUUUCCUUUUUCUUUUAUUUCCCUUCUUUCUUUUUUCUUUUUCCUUCUUUUCCUUCUCUUUUAUUUCCUUUUUCUCUUCUUUUCUUUCUCUUCUUUUCCUUCUUUCUUUUAUUUCCUUUUUUCUCUUCUUUUCCUUCUUUCUUUUUUUUCCUUCUUUCCAUUCUUUUCCUUCUUUCUUUUUUUUCCCUUUCUUUCUCUUCUUUUCCUUCUUUUUCUUUUCUUUCCUUCUUUUUUCCUUCUUUCUUUUUUUCUUUUUUCUUUUAUUUCUUUCUUUUCUUUCUUUCUUUUAUUUCCCUUCUUUCUCUUCUUUUCCUUCUUUCUUUUAUUUCCUUCUUUUUCUUCUUUUCCUUCUUUCUUUUUAUUUCCAUUCUUUCUCUUUUUUCCUUCUUUUCUUUUUUUUUCCAUUCCUUUUUCUCUUCUUUUCCUUCUUUCUUUUAUUUCCCUUCUUUCUCUUCUUUUCCUUCUUUCUUUUAUUUCCAUUCUUUCUCUUCUUUUCCUUCUUUCUUUUAUUUCCCUUCUUUCUCUUCUUUUCCUUCUUUCUUUUAUUUCCUUCUUUCUCUUCUUUUCCUUCUUUCUUUUAUUUCCCUUCUUUCUCUUCUUUUCCUUCUUUCUUUUAUUUCCCUUCUUUCUUUUUAUUUUUUUCUUUUUUCUUUCUUUUAUUUCCCUUUUCUUUCCUUCUUUUCCUUUUUUCUUUUAUUUCCCUUCUUUCUCUUCUUUUCCUUCUUUCUUUUAUUUCCCUUCUUUCUCUUCUUUUCCGUCUUUCUUUUAUUUCCCUUCUUUCUCUUCUUUCCCUUCUUUAUUUUAUUUCCCUUCUUUUCCUUCUUUCUUUUAUUUCCUUUCUUUCUCUUCUUUUCCUUCUUUCUUUUUUUUUUCCCUUCUUUUCCUUCUUUCUUUUAUUUCCUUCUUUCCAUUCUUUCUUCUUUUCCUUCUUUCUUUUAUUUUCCUUCUUUCUCUUCUUUUCCUUCUUUCUUUUAUUUCCAUUCUUUCUCUUCUUUUCUAUUUCUUCUUUCAUUUAUUUCCAUUCUUUUCUCUUUUUUUUUCCUUCUUUCUUUUUUUUUCUUUCUUUCUCUUCUUUUCCUUCUUUCUUUUAUUUCCCUUCUUUCUUUUAUUUCCCUUCUUUCUCUUCUUUUCCUUCUUUCUUUUAUUUACCUACUUUUCCUUCUUUCUUUUAUUUCCCUUCUUUCCCUUCUUUUCCUUCUUUCUUUUAUUUCCAUUCUUUCUCUUCUUUUCCUUCUUUCUUUUAUUUCCCUUCUUUCUCUUCUUUUCCUUCUUUCUUUUCUUUUCCUUCUUUCUUUUAUUUCCCUUCUUUCCCUUCUUUUCCUUCUUUCUUUUUUUUUCCUUUUUUUUCCUUCUUUUCCUUCUUUCUUUUAUUUCCCUUCUUUUUCCUUCUUUCUUUUAUUUCCAUUCUUUCUCUUCUUUUCCUUCUUUUUUUUUUAUUUCCUUCUUUCUCUUCUUUUCCUUCUUUUUCUUUUUUUCCCUUUUCUUUCUCUUCUUUUCCUUCUUUUUUUUUUAUUUCCUUCUUUUCUCUUCUUUUCUUUUCUUUCUUUUUUAUUUCUUUUCUUUCUUUUCUUCUUUUUUCCUUCUUUCUUUUAUUUCCAUUCUUUCUCUUCUUUUCUUUUCUUUCUUUUAUUUCCAUUCUUUCUCUUCUUUUCCUUCUUUCUUUUAUUUCCCUUUCUUUCUCUUCCUUCUUUUUUCCUUCUUUCUUUUCUUUUCCCUUCUUUUUCCUUCUUUCUUUUUUUUCCUUUUCUUUCCCUUCUUUUCCUUCUUUCUUUUAUUUCCUUCUUUUCUCUUUCUCUUUUUUUUCCUUCUUUCUUUUUAUUUCCCUUCUUCCUUCUUCUUUUUUUAUUUCCUUUCUUUUCUCUUCUUUUCCUUCUUUCUUUUAUUUUCUUUUCCUUCUUUUUCCUUCUUUCUUCUUUUUUAUUUCCUUUCUUUCUUUUAUUUCUUUUUCCUUUCUUUUUCUUCUUUUUUCUUUUAUUUCCCUUCUUUUCCUUCUUUCUUUUAUUUCCCUUCUUUCCCUUCUUUUCCUUCUUUCUUUUAUUUCCUUUCUUUCUCUUCUUUUCCUUCUUUCUUUUAUUUCCCUUCUUUCUCUUCUUUCUUUUAUUUCCUUUCUUUCUCUUCUUUUCCUUCUUUCUUUUAUUUCCCUUCUUUUCCUUCUUUCUUUUAUUUCCUUUCUUUCUCUUCUUUUUCUUCUUUCUUUUAUUUCCCUUCUUUUCCUUCUUUCUUUUAUUUCCCAUUCUUUUUCUCUUUCUUUUCUUUUUUUAUUUCCUUUUCUUUCUCUUCUUUUUCCUUCUUUCUUUUAUUUCCUUCUUUUCCUUCUUUUUCUUUUUUCUUUUUUCUUUCUUUCUUUCUCUUCUUUUUCUUCUUUCUUUUAUCCUUCCCUUCUUUUCCUUCUUUCUUUUAUUUCCUUCUUUCUCUUCUUUCUUUUAUUUCCUUUCUUUCUUCUUUUCUUUUUCCUUCUUUCUUUCUCUUUUUUCCUUCUUUCUUUUAUUUCCUUUUUCUUUUUCUUUUAUUUUUUUUUCUUCUUUUCUUUUAUUUCCAUUCUUUUCUUCUUUUUUUUUUCUUUUUUCCUUCUUUUCCUUCUUUCUUUUAUUUCCCUUCUUUCUCUUCUUUUCCUUCUUUCUUUUAUUUCCCUUCUUUCUCUUCUUUUCCUUCUUUCUUUUAUUUCCAUUCUUUCUCUUCUUUCUUUUUUUUUCCUUUCUUUUUUUUUUCUUUUUCUUUCUCUUCUUUUCCUUCUUUCUUUUAUUUCCUUUUUUCUCUUCUUUUCCUUCUUUUCUUUUAUUUCCUUUUCUUUUCUUCUUUUCUUUUUUCUUUUUAUUUUUAUUUCUUCUUUCUUUUCUUUUCUUCUUUCCUUCUUUCUUUUUUUCCUUUCUUUCUCUUUUUUUCUUUUCUUUCUUUCUUUUAUUUCCCUUCUUUCUUUUCUUCUUUUCCUUCUUUCUUUUAUUUCCUUUCUUUUUCUCUUCUUUUCCUUCUUUCUUUUAUUUCCCUUCUUUUCUUCUUUCUUUUAUUUCUUUCUUUCUCUUCUUUUUCUUUUCUCUUCUUUUCUUUCUUUCUUUUAUUUCCAUUCUUUCUCUUUUUUUCCUUCUUUCUUUUCUUUCCAUUCUUUUCUCUUCUUUUCCUUCUUUUUUCUUUAUUUCCAUUCUUUCCUUCUUCUUUUUUCUUCUUCUUUCUUUUUUAUUUCCUUUUUUCUCUUCUUUUCCUUCUUUCUUUUUUUUAUUUCCUUCUUUCUUUUAUUUCCUUCUUUUCUUCUUUUCCUUCUUUCUUUUAUUUCCCUUCUUUCUCUUCUUUUCCUUCUUUCUUUUUUUUUUAUUUCCCUUUUUCUCUUCUUUUUCCUUUCUCCUUCUUUUCCUUCUUUCUUUUAUUUCCCUUCUUUUCCUUCUUUCUUUUUAUUUUUAUUUCUUUUCCUUCUUUUUUAUUUUUCCUUCUUUUCCUUCUUUCUUUUAUUUCCUUUCUUUCUUCUUUUCCUUCUUUCUUUUUUUUUAUUUCCUUCUUUCUUUCUUUUCUUUUCUUUCUUUUCUUUUCCUUUUCUUUUAUUUCCUUCUUUUCCUUCUUUAUUUUUAUUUCCCUUCUUUUCCUUCUUUCUUUUAUUUCCUUUCUUUCUCUUCUUUUUCUUUUUUUCUUUUAUUUCCUUCUUUUCCUUCUUUCUUUUAUUUUUUCUUUUUCUUCUUCUUUUCCUUCUUUUUUUUUUAUUUCCUUUCUUUUUUUCUCUUCUUUUCCUUCUUUCUUUUAUUUCCAUUCUUCUUUCUUUUACUUUCCCCUUUCUUUUUUUUCUUUCUUUUAUUUUUCUUUUCCUUCUUUUCCUUCUUUCUUUUAUUUCCCUUUUUUUUUUUUUUCUUAGACUUCUUUUCUUUCUUUUUUUCUUUUCUUUCUUUUUUUCUUCUUUCUUUUUCUUUUAUUUCUUUCCCUUCUUUUCCUUCUUUCUUUUAUUUCCCUUCUUUUCUCUUCUUUCUUUUAUUUCCUUUCUUUCCUUCUUUUCCUUCUUUCUUUUAUUUCCUUUUUUCUUCUUUUUCCUUCUUUCUUUUAUUUUUCUUUUUCUUUUCCUUUCUUUUAUUUUUCUUUCCUUCUUUCUUUUUUUUUCCCUUCUUCUUUUCCUUCUUUCUUUUAUUUUCCUUUCUUUCCCUUCUUUUCCUUCUUUCUUUCUUUUAUUUCCUUUCUUUAUUUUCUCUUCUUUCUUUUAUUUCCUUUCUUUCUCUUCUUUUCCUUCUUUCUUUUAUUUCCCUUCUUUUCCUUCUUUCUUUUUAUUUCCUUUUUUUCUCUUCUUUUCCUUCUUUCUUUUCUUUCCUUCUUUCUUUUUUUUCCUUCUUUUUCCCUUUUUUUCCUUAUUUAUUUCUUUUCUUUCUUUUCUUUUCCUUCUUUCUUUCUCUUCUUUUCCUUCUUUCUUUUAUUUUCUUUUCCUUCUUUUUUCUUUUUAUUUUCAUUCUUUCUCUUCUUUUCCUUCUUUCUUUUUAUUUCCUUCUUUCUCUUCUUUUCCUUCUUUCUUUUUAUUUCCCUUCUUUUCUCUUCUUUUCCUUCUUUCUUUUUUUUCCUUCUUUUUGUUUUUUCUUUUCCUUCUUUUCUUUUUUCUUUAUUUUCUUUCUCUUCUUUUCCUUCUUUCUUUUAUUUCCAUUCUUUCUCUUAUUUUCCUUCUUUCUUUUAUUUUUCUUUCUCUUAUUUUCUUUCUUUCUUUUAUUUCCAUUCUUUCUCUUCUCUUCCUUCUUUCUUUUAUUUCCUUUCUUUCUCUUCUUUUCCUUCUUUCUUUUAUUUCCUUUUUCUCUUCUUUUAUUUCCUUCUUUCUUUCUUUUUUUAUUUCUUUCUUUUCUUUUUCUUCUUUCUUUUAUUUUAUUUCUUUCUCUUCUUUUCCUUCCUUUCUUUUAUUUCCAUUCUUUCUUUUCUUCUUUUCCUUCUUUCUUUUUUUCCUUCUUUCUUUAUUUUUUUUCUUUUCUUUCUUUUUUUAUUUCCUUUCUUUUCUUCUUUUCCUUCUUUCUUUUAUUUCCUUCUUUCUCUUCUUUUCCUUCUUUCUUUUUUUCCCUUCUUUCUCUUCUUUUUUCUUUCUUUCUUUUUAUUUCCCUUCUUUUCUUUUUAUUUCCCUUCUUUCUCUUUUUUCCUCCUUUCUUUUAUUUCCAUUCUUUCUCUUCUUUUUCCUUCUUUUUUUUUCUUUCCUUCUUUUAUCUUCUUUUUUCUUUCGUUUUUUCUUUUAUUUCCUUUCUUUCUCUUCUUUUCCUUCUUUCUUUUAUUUCCCUUCUUUCUCUUCUUUUCCUUCUUUCUUUUAUUUCCCUUCUUUCUCUUCUUUUUCUUCUUUCUUUUAUUUCCCUUCUUUCUCUUCUUUUCCUCCUUUCUUUUAUUUCCAUUCUUUCUCUUCUUUUCCUUCUUUCUUUUAUUUCCCUUCUUUCUCUUCUUUUCCUUCUUUCUUUUAUUUCCUUUCUUUCUCUUCUUUUCCUUCUUUCUUUUAUUUCCCUUCUUUCUCUUCUUUUCCUUCUUUCUUUUUUUUCCUUCUUUCUCUUCUUUUUUCUUUCUUUUAUUUUCCUUCUUUUUUUUUUUCCCUUUCUUUUAUUUCUUCUUUUCUUCUUUUCCUUUUUUUAUUUCCCUUCUUUCUCUUCUUUUCCUUCUUUCUUUUAUUUCCUUCUUUCUCUUCUUUUCCUUCUUUCUUUUAUUUCCCUUCUUUCUCUUCUUUUUUUCCUUCUUUCUUUUAUUUCUUUCUCUUUUUCCUUCUUUCUUUUAUUUUCUUCUUUUUCCUUCUUUCUUUUAUUUCCCUUCUUUUCCUUCUUUUUCUUCUUUCCUUCUUUCUUUUAUUUCCUUUCUUCUUUUUCUCUUUCUUUUUUUCCUUCUUUCUUUUUUAUUUCCCUUCUUUUCUCUUCUUUUUUCUUUUUUUAUUUCCUUUUCUUUCUCUUCUUUUCCUUCUUUCUUUUUAUUUCCCUUCUUUUCUCUUCUUUCUUUUUUUUUCUUUCUCUUCUUUUCCUUCUUUCUUUUAUUUUCCUUUCUUCUUUUCCUUCUUUUUUUCUUUCUUUUCCUUCUUUUUUUCUUUCCCUUCUUUCUCUUCUUUUCCUUCUUUCUUUUAUUUCCCUUCUUUCUCUUCUUUUCCUUCUUUCUUUUAUUUCCCUUCUUUCUCUUCUUUUCCUUCUUUCUUUUAUUUCCCUUCUUUCUCUUCUUUUCCUUCUUUCUUUUAUUUCCCUUCUUUUCCUUCUUCUUUUCUUCUUUCUUUUUUUUCCUUUCUUUCUCUUCUUUUCCUUCUUUCUUUUCUUUUCCUUUCUUUCUCUUUUUUUCCUUCUUUCUUUUUAUUUCCUUCUUUCUCUUCUUUUUCUUCUUUCUUUUAUUUCCUUCUUUCUCUUCUUUUCCUUCUUUCUUUUUUAUUUCCAUUCUUUCUCUUCUUUUCCUUCUUUCUUUUCUUUCCCUUUUCUUUCUCUUUUUUUUCUUUCUUUUCUUUUUCCUUUCUUUCUCUUCUUUUCCUUCUUUCUUUUUAUUUCCCUUCUUUUUCUUCUUUUUCUUCUUUCUUUUAUUUCCCUUCUUUCUCUUCUUUUCCUUCUUUCUUUUUUUUUCCUUCUUUUUUCCUUCUUUCUUUUUUUCCCUUCUUUCCCUUCUUUUCCUUCUUUCUUUUAUUUCCUUCUUUCCUUCUUUUUCCUUCUUUCUUUUUAUUUCCUUUCUUUCUCUUCUUUUCCUUCUUUCUUUUAUUUCCCUUCUUUCUCUUCUUUCUUUUAUUUCCUUUCUUUCUCUUCUUUUCCUUCUUUCUUUUAUUUCCCUUCUUUUCCUUCUUUCUUUUAUUUCCUUUCUUUCUCUUCUUUUUUCUUUUUUCUUUUUAUUUCCUUCUUUUCCUUCUUUCUUUUAUUUCCUUUCUUUCUCUUCUUUUCCUUCUUUCUUUUAUUUCCCUUCUUUUCCUUCUUUCUUUUAUUUCCUUUCUUUCUCUUCUUUUCCUUAUUUCUUUUAUUUCCCUUCUUUCUCUUCUUUUCCUUCUUUCUUUUAUUUCCUUUCUUUCUCUUCUUUUCCUUCUUUCUUUUAUUUCCUUUUUUUCUCUUCUUUUCCUUCUUUCUUUUAUUUCCCUUCUUUUCCUUCUUUCUUUUAUUUCCUUUCUUUCUCUUCUUUUCCUUCUUUCUUUUAUUUCCCUUCUUUUCCUUCUUUCUUUUAUUUCCCUUCUUUCUCUUCUUUUCCUUCUUUCUUUUAUUUCCUUUCUUUCUCUUCUUUUCCUUUACCCAUAAUGCAUAUUUGUUCUCUCUCUCUCUCUCUUGCACAAUCAAUAUUAUUUCUUUUUUACAUUUCGUUUUCAAAAUGUCUUACAUUCAUUAUUUCUUAUACUCGUGUAUACACGCAUUCUUUCUUUUCUUACUCUUCCAUCUUUCCUUGCCUUUUUUUCUCCGAACGAGUCUCCCUCUUUCCUUCCUCUUGCCCUUACAUCCUGAUCGCAUGAUUCCCAGUGUCAUACUACCCACCCUAACGCCUCUCCCAAAUCACGAUAAGGUGUUUCCAUGA